CGGCGCCGGUACCUCGCGGCCAUGUACUGGGCCUUCACGACCAUGACGACCGUGGGCUACGGCGACAUCACGCCCGCGGGCGACAUGGAGCGCAUCUACGCGAUCUUCGCGAUGCUCAUGGGCGUGUCGUUCUACUCGUACAUCAUCGCGUCCGUGUCGUCCAUGGUC